AUGACAUUAAUGAUAAUCUCUACAAGUCGUAUAUAUAUGCACGCUAUCGAUGAUAACCCAAAUAAAGACGGCUGUACAAUCAGUAAAGAUACUAUAACAGGAAGCGGCAGAAUGUACAGAGCCAUAUUAAGCUCUAUGUGCAAGGUCAAAGGAAAAAAAAGAGAGAGAGAGAAAGGGCUAAUCUAUUUCUACGGCUCUUUCUCUCAUCUGUCUUGUUGCUUGUUUUCUAUGGGAAAUACAGACUCUAUGCCUAUCUCAGAUGCUGUCACUUCUAGUCUUUCCCCCGAGACACAGAAACGACUAAAGAAAGCGGCACCCUAUAGUGCUGCAUUCUUUGAACUUGGCACUUUACCAGUCAAUCCACCUCGUACCGUUCGUCCAUCGAUGAAUUCAUUUUUCGAGGCUGCGGCCAUGACUCCUUCCCCAGCACCAACAUCAAUUCGACCAUCGAGCUCUAGAAAGGCAUCUUCUGCGAACUCGAGUACAUUCAGUCGAAGCACAACAACAAGCUCAAACUCAAAGGCUUCAAACACGCUUUCUACGGACGAUCUUUCUUUGACUCCAAACACCCCGCAUAGAUCAGCUAGUCAAUCAACCCCAAUGUCUGCCAUAAAUGAAGACAAUGAUGCGAUAAAUAAUAGUAAUAAUGACUUGAGAUCCUUGGAUGCAUCCCAGCGAAUAGAGUCCAGCCAAAUUGAGGGAAGGCGUUAUAUCAACCAACCCAAGACAACAUAUGUACUACCAUUUGAUGACGAUGAGUCAGAUCGUCUAAUAGUAAUGCAUUUCUUAUUGAAACAUGCGUUUGAAGGAAACUUUAUGGCCCCAGUCACUAGUGUGUUACAAAUGGGCUAUCUGGAGAAACAACGGCCAAGUGUGCUUGACAUUGGCUGCGGUCCUGGUACAUGGGUUCUUGAGAUGGCAACAGAAUAUCCAAAUGCUGAUUUCCAUGGUAUCGAUUUGUGCCCAAUGUUCCCCACAGCAAUUAAACCCAACAACGCUCAUUUUCAACAACAUGAUAUCUUCAGCGGCCCACUUCCAUUCAAAGACAAUAGUUUCGACUAUGUUUAUAUGCGUGCAAUGCUUAUUUGCAUGACCAGAGACAAUCUCACGCACACACUGACAGAAAUGUCACGCAUACUCAAGCCAGGAGGUUACUUUGAAAUACUUGAUGUUGAAUAUCGUAUCCAAAGACCUGGUCCAAUUUCAGAGACUCUUAUCAACCAAAUAUUUCAUAACAAUAUGCAGACGCACAACAUUGAUGUUCACUUGAGUCACCAGCUCUCAACCUUUGCAAUGACCAAACCUUCUGGUAGUGGAUUUGUCGACAUCCAGCAACAGCGUGUGGCCAUUCCCCUUGGCUGGGGUGGUCAGCUUGGCGAGUUGCAUGCACAAAACAUUGGCUGUCUCCUGCGCUCACUUAGUCCUUCUGCCCGUCGCUCAAGUCGCGUAGCUGUGUCACCCCUCUCUUCUCCUCCUUCUACACCAACAUCCCUUUCUCCUUUCCAAGAAAUCAACCCCGAAAGUAUCAAGGAAGUUCUCGACGAGUGCCAAAAGUAUCAAUCCCACCUCAAUUGGUACGUUUGCUUCGGCCAUAAAUCAGUCCUCAGCGGCACCAGUCUCAGUCCGUCGGUGAGCAACAGCAGCAACCAGAACAACAGUACUACUUCUAGCAUGAUGAAUUCUUCAAUGCACCAUCACCAUUCUGGAAACUUUGGAUACUCACUUGCAACACCACCAGAAUCGCAUGAGUCUCUGGAAGAUGGUGCGUGGGAAGUUAUCAAUGACUUUGUGCAUGGCUUCACAGAUUGA